AUGGAAUCGAUAUACAGAAUAGGCUCCACGGUGCUACAGGGAAUGUUCGACAGUAUCCGAGGCAUUACGGCCGUGUUUUAUCUCGAUAGGGAGGCAAACCGAAAGAUUGGCCAGCCACGCCCCACCAAGGAGAGCCUAUCCUCACAACCGUCUCCCGGUAGCUCUAUUGCGCCGAAACGCACCGAGGAAUCAAAGGUGCUAAAGCGAGUCUUCCAGUGUUCGAUGUUGAACGGUGGCAUCUUUAUGCUAAGCAUCCUGAUCUUCGAGUAUGUCGUACUGCCAGGACUCCACUUCUUUCUGUGGUAUCUGUUCCGUAGCUCGACCACGCUGACGACCGUCUGGGGCUGGAUGCAGCCGUCUCUGUCGCUGCUCUUCAAUUCGUUCUGGGUCGCGCCACUCUUUCUGCUCAGCAAAAUCGUCAACAGCCUCUGGUUCCAGGACAUUGCCGACUCGGCGUACAAAUUUCGCAAGGGACGCCCGCAGCUGAUACCGAGCAUAAGCAAGCUCAUCGCCGACAUGCUCAUUAACUUUCUGAUACAGAUACUAUUUCUGCUGCAGAGCACCCUCGUAAAGUACCUCCCGGUGCCGGUCCCGUUCGUGUGCCGUGCGAUCUACAUGGUUCACAUGAGUCUGCUUUGCGCCCUGUACUCCUUCGAGUACAAGUGGUUCAACAUGGGCUGGGAACUGCACAAACGGCUGACUUACAUCGAGCAGAACUGGCCGUAUUUCCUCGGAUUCGGGCUACCGUUGGCCGUGCUAUCUGAAAUACCCAACUCCUUCAUCAUCAGUGGUUGCGUUUUUUCGGUUCUCUUUCCUCUGUUCAUUAUCAGUGCGAAUGAGGCAACACCGAAGGUGGACAUUUGCGAAACGCCACUGAAACUGUUCUCGAUCGUCGUGGCACUCACCAACGCCCUGUUCCGGGGGCGAACCAAGUCCGGAAAGGCCGCUCUCUCACAGCCCCUCCCGCCGAGCGCCAGUGCGGGAAACAUUCGCGGGCUUACGCCACCGCUCGGCUCAUCCACACCUUCGUUCGGCUUUCAGUCCUCAGCUUUCAUGCAACAGCAGCAACAACACCGGUCGCAUCGACACCACCAUCGGCAGCAUCAGCGAAAUCCGUCUCCAUCGCCGUCGGGCGUCUCGUCAUUCGCGUCCUCCGCCUCCGUCUUGACCGCGCAACAAUCCGUGCUCAGCAGACCUCUUCGGCGGUAGGGAAAGGCGACGGAGACUGGGGAGGUAGUGAGGGACAUGAUAUUGAUACAACGAUUGAAAGCUCAAAUACUAACCGCAACAAAAACGGAUGGACUGAUCUUCUGCUAGAGCAGCUGACAAGAAUUUUGACAGAGCAAGAUUGGC